CUCAAAGGAGCUGUUAUAUAUAGGUAUCUUGUGACCACGUUAAUAGUGCACGCUGCAGUUUACAGUAUGAAAACCAACGAAGCAGAAUUUUGGUUGAAAAUCAACUCAUUUUAAACAAGUUGCUACUUGUCAAGUUCUGUGUUGUGGGCAGAUGUGAGGCGGGACGAAAAAAAACGUGGAAACGAGUCAAGAGCAACGGACUGCCGAGGAAGCGGCCAAGUAAUAAAUAGGCAUAUGUUCAGUGUGUCGUUGUUAAACAAAGACAGUUCUGUGAGGCAGGCAGAAGCAGUGAUCUCGCGCUAAGUGAACAAAGAGAAAUGGCAUCGUGUUACUCGUUCCAGCUAAAUUACCAUAAAGUAGCGUGCUCCUUGACAGCCGGUAUGAACGAGUAGAGAUAUGCAUUUCGAUGUCAUAUUCGACGGCGGCUAGAAAUCAAUGUGAUACAUCAAAUCCCUCUAUAGCUAUUAUCGUCAUUAGUUCAAUAACGUUAAUUUCAAUUACUUUUUAAAGUUCCUAUGACAUUGAUAAGUCAUUUCAGUUUAUGACAUAACCUCAUCGUGUAUAAACGUAUUGUGUAUCUUAAUUUUACUUAAUGUAAGCAUCGCAUUUUGUAAAUAACAUUUCAAAAGCUCUCUAUUAUUAAGUUGAUAAGUUUAUGAAAAAAUUUAUAUAUCAUCAACAAAGAGUAUAGAAUUAUUAAUUUUACUACAAAGUUCCUAUAGAAAUUGACAAUAUUUGUAUUUGUAUGGCAUUUCUUAUCUAAUUAACAAUGCAUUCUACAUUUGUAAAGAAUUUUAUUACCAAAAGGCAAAAUAACUUUUUCUGCACUGUUUGCGACGUAGAAAAUACUAGCCAGAAAUUCAUAUCCAAUCAUAUUGCUUCUGAAAAACAUCUUGAGUUAGUGAAGACAUGGCCUUUGCCGGAUGAUUUGCCAUUAGACGAACAAGUAAAUUUUGAAAUCAUAAGUAAUGGAAUGGUACUAGAUAAAACUAAACAGUACAAGUGUACUCUUUGUUCAUGUCAAGUUAAUAAAAUUGGUCAUGUUAUCACACAUAUUAAUGGUAAAAGACACAUGGCAAAACUUAAGCAAUUAGCACUAGUUAACGAAGAAUACGAUUUUAUUAAUUCAGUUGAUAAAUGUAAAAAGAAAGAAAACAACAUUUUUAAUGGAGCUAGUACAAGUCCUGUUAACAUUACAAAUCAAAGCUGUUCACUCAGAAAUUCAGAAAGUUUUACUAGUUAUGAACAAACUAAAAGCUGUGGGACUAAAAUUCUUACACAACAUCAAAAUGUCAAAAAGACUGUAUUUAAUCAUAAUUUUAAAGAAAGUCAAAAUGAGAUAAAUGAAAAGUUUUUAAAUUCUGAUGCAAAACAUUUAUCUAACUCGUCAAUUAUAUGCAGUAUUUGUCAGAAUAUAUUGAAAUCAGAUGCAGCACUUCUGUAUCAUAGAAUGUUUCAUUUGAGCCAAAGAAAUCCUAAUAUUACAGAUAUUAUACUUUUUGAUAUUAUUGAAGAUUCUAAGCGUAUACAUUGUUCAAUUUGCAAUUAUGUUAUGAAUAAUGAAGAAGAACUCCAUGGACAUUUAAAAGACAUAAUUCAUCAAAAACGAUUUGCUAUUUUGACUUGUUUAGAUAUGACAACUUCGAUGAACCUUAUGUCUAUCAAUAAUGCUACAUUAUUGAAUAUUAUGUAUACAAAUUCUUUAAUGCCACCAAAUAUUCCUAUGAUUCCUAAUACAAACAGUAUUUAUGACGCGUACUAUUGUUGCAAUAUGUAUUAUAAUGAUUAUUCAGUGGCAAUGCAAAAUAACUUUAUGAAUUCUAGUAUGAACCAACAUGAAAUGUUUAAUACAAAUCAUUCUUUAGAACAAUAUCCACAAAUUGUCCAAUCAAACGUUAAUGACAUUGCUUAUUUUUGUUUUUUAUGCAAUAUGAGUUUCACAAGUGAAAAUUCACUUUAUAUUCAUAACUAUUAUGAUAAUGUACAUAAGUCUAAAAUGUAUUCGAUUAACUUAUUGAUGAAUGACAAAUAUAUUCAAUUUAAAAUAGAUUCUGAUUUUGAAGGUAUAAAAUGUUUAAAAUGUCAGGUUCUUUUAGUUAAUGUUAAUUUUGCUAUAAAUCAUAUUUUUCAAGAACAACACUUGAUGCAUGAAACUAAUGAAGCUCAAAAACACUUAACUGCUGUAAAUAACUAUAAUAUUGUUCACCAGAUUAAUUAUAAUUGUCCAGUUUGUAAUUAUCAUACCAAUCAUGAUUAUCAGAUGGUUCAACAUUUGGAAUCAAAUGAUCAUAAAAUCAAAUCACAAAACUAUUACUGCAAUGUAAAUUGUGAUUCUUACAAAAAAAUCAUUUUUCAUUGUCAACGUUGUGAAAUGAAUUUUUUUAAUGAUAAAAAUUUACUAGAUCAUUUUUAUCAAUACCAUGGAAAUUUACCGAGACAAAGAACAUAUGGAAACAACAUUCAGCAAAACAAUGAAAAAAUUAAUUUUGGCUGCCCUCAUUGCCAGACUAUCUGUACAAAUGAUGCAACGCUAUCAAAUCAUCUUCUUCUAUGCCAUUCAAUAGAUACGAAAUUGGAUAAUAAAACUGAACAAAGUGAAAAAUCUCAUCAAGUGAAACGCUAUACAACUGCAGUAAACCGAUCCAAAAAUUUAAUGAAAUUUAAUUCAAGAUAUGUCAAACUAUGUGGUGAAACAGGUGAUGGAAGUAUUUUUAAAGUUAAUAAAGAAUUAAUUUCAAGAUUAAAAUUAGGAUUAAAUUUAACAUACCCAUAUGAACAAAAAAGAGGAUGUAUUCCAUGUGGUAUUGAGGUUUCGAGCAGCUUACAAUGUCUCUAUGAACAUUUGCGUUCUGAUGAUCAUGAAAAAAAUUUGCAAGAAAUGGAAGAAAAUGAUGAAGAUUUUGAAGACUAUCCUGAUCAAUUCAGCGAUUUGAAAUUAGCUAAGUCAUAUAUGUAUGAGUAUUCUGAUAAAUUCAUCAAAUGUCUUGCUUGUGGUAUUUUAAUUCAAGACCAAGAUGAUGAUAUUCGUAAUCAUAUGCAGUCGGAAUCGCAUAAUGUCAACUGUGAAACUUGGAAGGAAUCAUCGGAUGAAAUAUUCAAUAUAUUUGAUAAUAUAUUUCAAAAUCUUUGGUAUUAUAUCGAUAAAUAUUUUUGUAAUAUUUGUUGCGCACAAUUUGAAUUUGAUGUUGAUUAUGCUAGGCAUUUAGAAAGUUCAUUGCAUAUAAAAGAAGUUGAAAGAAAGAUACUCAAAAAUCAGUCCUUGUCUUUUGAUUGCUGUAUCAUUUGUGCCAGCUAUUGGUAUGCAAAAUCAGAUCAUCAUUAUUAUCAUUGUAAUAGAUAUUCACAUAAGUACAUAUUAAAAUCAAGAGAUUUUACUGUACCUGAAAUGAACAAUGAUGCAAAAAGUUUAUUAAAUUCAGUAAAUCAGUCUAUCAAUGAGUUCAUUAAGCAAUCAGAUGAAGUUUUGAGUGCAGAAAAACACAUAGAGAAUAUGAUACUAAAGUCAAUAGAAUUGGUGGUGAAAUCCAAAUAUCCUAAUGCUAAAGCACAUCUAUUUGGAUCCAGAAUUUCAUACUUGAGUUUUCCAGGAAGUGAUUUGGAUGUAUAUCUAGAUUGCGAAAAUCAGUCAGAUCAGUUGAUAUCAGUGGAUGAAUGUGUAGAACAAAUUAAAAUCGUUCAAGAAUGUUUUCAUAAACAUCAAGAUCUUUGGGCAAUAGAAGAAAUUAUUUUGAAAGCUAGGGUACCUAUUAUAAGAUUGCGACACAGAUCCACAAGUUUGAAUUGUGAUCUUUCAUUCAUAAAUGGACUUAGUGUUGAAAAAUCUAAAAUACUUAGUGUAUUUGUCAAAGCUUGUGAACCAUGCAGAAAAAUGAUUUUAUAUCUGAAAAAGUGGAGUAUUCUUUGUAAAACUGCAGGAAGAUAUGGUAUCACCACAUUUGCUCUAUCGUGGCUAGUAAUAUUUUAUUUACAAACUCAAAAAAUUCUGCCUAGUGUAUGGGACUUAAUUCAGCUUGAAAAUUCUUCAAAACUUGUGGCUGGCUGGGAAACGGGUGUUUUUACAAAUAUUUCUGUAGACAAUCCAAAAAUUCCAAUUAAGGAUCUACUUGUAGGAUUUUUUGAAUUUUAUAGUAAAUUUGACUACAUAUCAAACGUUGCUUGUCCAUAUUUGGGUAAAACUAUGAAAAAAAGUGACUUUUCUGAAAUAGAUGAACUACCUGAAGAAAUGAAUAAUUACAAAACAAAAAGCAAAGAAGAAGACACAGAAAUUUUUCGCUUUGAUUCACCCAUGUGCAUUCAAGAACCAAUUGAUUUGUCUCAAAAUAUGACUAAAGCAGUUACCAAGCUUCAUUUAAGAAUGUUUAAACAGUAUUGUGCAGAAAGUGUUGAAAUUUUAAAGAAUAUAGAAGAAAAGUAAUAUUGUAAAACGAAAAAGGGACCUUAAGCGAACAAGAAAUCAAUACAAAAUAAAAUAUUAUAUUUUUAUGUGCCAACUAAUUUAAUGUUACUGCAGUGAAGAUAUUGUGUCAAUUAUUGAUAAAAAGUGUAAAUAAUGCUCAUAUGUAACAUGAAUUUUUCAUAUAUUCAUGAAUU